AAUAUUCUCGGAGACAACGUCUCAUAAAUCACACACUUCAAAAAGAUUCCUUAAACCCUACUGGCGGCAACAGCAGACUAUUUAUUCUAAUUUGCUGAUUCUGUUCCAAGGUAUCUAUGGCUUCUACCAAUAUGGAGAAUCAUAUAGAAAAAAUUCUAUUCACAGAGCAACAAAUAUCUCAAAAAGUUUCAGAACUUGCUUUCCAAAUUACCCUCAACUUUACUCCAACCAAAAUCAUCAGUAACACUAACAAUGAAGGGGCAUUACUGUCUUCUUCUUUGUCUGCUCCGGUCAUUGUUGGUGUUGCCACUGGUGCUUUUCUGUUCCUAGCUGAUCUUGUUCGUGAAAUUAAACUUCCCAUUUCGGUUGAUUUUGUUCGGGUUGAAUCUUACGGGUCUGGUACUGUAUCCAGUGGCAAACCCAAGAUUUCUUGUGACCUGAAAAUUGAUGUUACUCGAAAACAUGUCAUAUUGGUUGAGGACAUUGUGGAUACAGGAAACACGUUGUCCUGCCUCAUUGCACACUUGAAAUCUAAAGGGGCAUCCUCCAUAUCAGUGUGUACUCUCCUUGAUAAACCAUCAAAGAGGAAGGUUAAUUUCGAACUUGUGGGAGAGGGGAAGUUCUACCGUGGUUUUGAGUGUCCAGAUUAUUUUGUGGUUGGCUAUGGAUUGGAUUUUGCUGAGCUUUAUAGGAACUUACCCUACGUGGGAGUCCUUAAACCUGAGAUGUACAGUUGAUUUCUUUGGCAAAAAUGAUUAUUCCAUACAAGGAAAGCUCUUGAUUUUUUGAUAUACUCAACAUUCUGCUGAUGAAGAGGUGCCAUUUUCGUUGUUUCAUUAUCCGGCCACUACCCCUGCCUCCGUCCCUUACCCUUCUGUCGUAUUCACCAAUUUGUAUUGUAAUAUAUACAACCUGCAUACUCAGUGUGUGGCUCCUCUGCAAUACCUAAGAAUUGAACAGUUUUUCCAAACUUUGUCCAUCAUUUUCUUGUCUUUAUGGUUAGAAUUUUGUAUUUUAGUAGGUAAUUAUUGUUAGAACUCAACGACAUGUCAUUUCUUUUA